UCGCUUGUUAAAUCUCAAUGAUUUUCCCGACAGUGUUUGUGGUUAAAUGUCGAUCAUAAAUUAUAUUUAAAAUUAAUAAAUAAUAGCAAAUAAUAUUAAAGUUCAACUAAAAGUAAUAUUCAAUAAAUAAUUACUUCAAAAUACAUGCAAUUUUACCUAUAACAUCAUUUCGAAUUUUCGCUUUCGCAUGGAAAAUCACAAAAGUCGCCGUAGUGAAAAAAAAAUUUAUUGACGCCAUAUUGGUUAAAAAUGCUUUUAUAAAGCGACAAUAUGGUUAACUCUCUCUUAUCCAUCUAAAAAAAGUGUAUAAAACUCAAGUGUUAAAAAGAGAUGACUAAACUAUGUUAAAAUUGGUGUCUUAUGAUGGUUGCAUGAAUGAAACGGUUAUAUUAUCGAAUUUCGAAAAAAAACCAGCUAGAACACCAAUGGUGACAAUGGGCUUAUUGCGGACUCGCUCACACCUCUUCUUUUUCUAACGCACGGUUUGCCGUUCGAAGACGUUGUCGCCGUAUAGUUCGUCACUCUCUUCGCUUCGUCGCCGUUGUCGAUGGAAGAAGUAGCAGCAGCACUCAGCACAGCACCAGCCACAGAAUACGAGAAACGAUAAAAAAGAAAUAAUUUAAUUUGGAUAAAGAACAUCAAGUUUUCUUCUUCUGGACAUCAGUGGCCGAUCAUAAAUUAACCAUUUUUUUUAUUCUCCGCAUUCAGACAAACUACGUGUUUGCAAAAAAAUUAACAUUAAGCUUAUUUAAAUUUAUUAAGGAAUUAUGGUUAGAACAUUGUGCAGAACGAUUACUGAAAAGUAACUGUAUAGCAGAAAUGGUUGUUGGUUCAAAUAGCCAUCGUCGAGGUGAAACUGGCAGCAGAUACACAAAUUACUCUUCAAGAGCUAACCACUAUUCAAUGCCAUCGUCUGGCAGCAGUGGUGGUAGCAGUGGCAACACUGCAACUUCAAAUGGCUCUCAUACAAACAAUGGACAACACGGCACAUUUGGCCAUAAUCUGACAAACAACAAUAAUGGAUAUCAACUUGCCCUGUGCAAUGGUAUAAUUACAUCAUAUGCCAAUUAUCGUCUGCACCAAUCAACUGGCAUGACACCCAAAGAAUUGUCUGAGAAUGAUGAUCUAGCAACAUCAUUAGUUCUAGAUCCACAUCUUGGCUUUCAAACGCACAAAAUGAACAUUCGAUACCGUCCGUUAAAAGUUGAUAGCGAUGAAUUGAAAUCAAUUGUUGCUGAGUUUAUAAAAACACAAAACUACGAAGUAGCAGUUAAGAGAAUAUUCAAUGGUCAAUGGAUACCGAGAUGUGUGAAGAAUAAGAACAAAGUCUCUAUUAAAAGAUUACACGAUCACAUCAUUCGAUAUCUACGCGUUUUCGAUAAGGACAGCGGAUUCGUCAUCGAACCAUGCUAUCGCUAUUCCCUCGAAGGGCAAAAAGGAGCAAAAAUCUGCUCAACCAAACGUUGGUACAAAAACGACAAAAUCGAAUGCCUUGUGGGAUGCAUAGCUGAGCUGUCCGAAGCCGAGGAGGCAGCUCUGCUGCACUCUGGUAAAAAUGAUUUCUCUGUGAUGUAUAGUUGCCGAAAGAACUGUGCCCAAUUGUGGCUCGGCCCAGCCGCCUACAUAAACCACGAUUGCCGGGCAAAUUGUAAAUUUGUAGCCACCGGCAGAGAUACGGCUUGUGUGAAAGUUCUGCGUGACAUUGAAGUUGGCGAAGAAAUUACAUGUUUCUAUGGCGAAGACUUUUUCGGCGAUGAGAAUUGCUAUUGUGAGUGCGAAACAUGUGAACGUCGCGGAACUGGAGCCUUUGCAAAGGCAAAAGGCACUCAUUCGGAAGGCGAAGGAGCUGCCAACGCAAGCAAUCCCCAAGAAGCGGGCGGAUAUCGAUUGCGUGAGACUGACAAUCGCAUUAAUCGGAUUAAAAGCCGAGCGAAUUCCACCACAAACACCGAUACAAAUAGUUGUUUAAAUUUAGUAGAUAAUAACUCGAAUAGCACUGCGAUAAAAAAGAGCGAUCCGAGCGAUAGCAACAGUAGCAGUGAUGGUAAGAGUAACACCGUUGUGAUAGCAGCACCAUUGACCAUGAAGGAACUGCGCCAAAAAGGUAUGACCAAAUAUGACGCCGAGAUGAUUAUGGCCAAUGGAUACCACCAGAAGUUAAAUGGCGUUAAUGGCGCCACUGUCGUAGCUGAGAAACAACAAAAUGGUCGAACUGAAAGCAAUUGCCAUGCCAGGGAAUCGCUGAGAAAAUCGGCACGUGUGAACAGCACAAGCAGUAGCAUAAGUUCAGUUUCAACAGAUACUGACAAUACGACAUUGGCCGUACCAGCUUCAAAUGCUUCGAAAUGCAUGCAAACUCGACGAACAUUGCGUCGUCAAAAUGGAACAACACAACCGACUGCUGCUGCUGCAAACACAACAAAUGCUACUACAGCCACCCAAAGUCAUCGAUUUGCUUUGCGAAGCUCGCGAAAUCUUAGGAACUCUCCAGCAGAAGUUAUGCACGUUGACAUGGAUGAGGACCAUGAAGAAAGUGGGCAUCGUAUAGCCAGCGAUGCGAUGCAUAAAAGUAUUGUAUUCAAUGAAAACCACGAGAGUGCAGCCGACGAGAAUAGUUUGAAGGCGGUAAGAUAUAGUAAGCCAUCGCAAGUGGUAGCAGCACUUCCUCUGCCUCCGCCAAUAGUUGAAUCGUCAUCAAAUGGAAUUCGCAGUGGUGGAUCGAAUGGUCGCGUCCUACGUAAUCAUUGUCGAAAAUUAAAACCCCAAAAUGUUGAUUCCAGCAGUGAUAGCAGUAACAAUAUUACUAUCCCCGUCUUAGUCCACGAGAAACCGCCGAAAGUAGAAGGGACAACACACAGCAAACAACAACAACAACAACCCCAAACUGCCGUAGUAGAAAAAUUGCAUAAUCUUAACAGUAAUACAAUAAGUAGCAAUAAGUUAUUAUUACCAUUACCACCACCACCAACUACAAUUACAACUACAACCACAACACAACAAAUAACAUUACAACCGCUUCUAUCGAAUAGUAGCAGUAGUAAUAGUAACAAUAAAAGUACAUUCGAAGAAUUUGCUGAGGUGUCUGCGACACCUCCGAAAAAAUUGCUUAAUAUCAGUAGUGAUACUAAUAGCAGUGGCAGCGGAGGUAUCGACGACACCAAUAGCAGCAACAAGUGUAAUAGUAGCAGUAGUAGCAACAAUAGUAGUAGCACUGGUAGUAAUUUAAGUACAUUAAGUAAUUGUAGUAGUAGCGCCGAUAGCCAUUUAAGUAAUUCCACCAAUAUUGCGGCCAAUAAUAAUACAGCUUUGUCGCAGAGUUAUAGAAAAAAUCUUACAGCGUCAUUCGAAUCAAUGCAACAAUUUCAACAACAACAACAAAUGCCUACAACAGCCACCGUGACUGAUAAUCAAACGGGCGGAGGAGAUAUAUCACAUAGAUUGCGUCGUAACGGCAGAAACUGCACUCAUAGCAUUCUCAAUAAUAAUGUAGAUAAAAAUUGCAGUGAUGUUGUAGGAGGUUUACGCAGCAAACGAAAGCAUUCUAAAAGUAUAAGUGAGUCCGACCAGAGUAAUUCUUCAGCAAGUGAAUGUAGAGCUAUAACGCAACAUAAACCACCGCAGCAUCCCAUUAUCGUAGAAGGAUCUGAACCUUUGCUUAAGACUCCGGAGAGACGAUUAAAAUUGACUCUACGAAUGAAGCGUAGCCCGAUUCUGGACGAAGUUAUCGAAUCGGGAACAAGUCUCUCGGAUGAAAGCAGUAUGAAUGGAAGCUCAGAACCGGUCGAAUAUGAGAUUCUGCGCAUGGAAGGCAUUUCUGAGAAUGGCACCGACUAUGAGGUCUCUUCAACACCACAGAAACGCAAAAAGCGACACAAAUCCAAGGAUCACAGACGAAGGGAACACAAAAAAAUGUUAGCUGCUGCAGCAGCAUCAAGUAUCUCACUAUCCAAAACACCUCUAUAUCCCAGUCCGCCUACAAAUCAUCACUUGACACCACAAAAGAAACGUUUACGUCUAAUAUUUGGCAAUGAAAUCAAAACUAUAGACAUUCCUCCUUCUAAUGGAAAUGUGACAUCAUCGUCAUCUUCCAGCGGUGAUAUAACAUUAUCUUCACCAACAUCAUCCAUAAUGAGUGAAGAUAUUAAUUCGCCAAUACCAUUGGUAUCGGCGUCGGCUGCCACACCCUCAAUGGUGCCAAUAUUUUCACCAACACAAACAUCAUCGUUUCUAUCCAAUGCAAUGACAACAACACAUACAUUUGGUUCGUGUGCUUUGGCCGCACCAUUUGUUCGUUCUCCUGUUAUUAUUGCAAAUUCAAGUUUAAUGAACUCUGUUAAGACGUCAGCAAAUAAUCCAAAUGGAGUGGACUUUAUAUUGAAUUGAUGGCGGCGCAAUCUAUUGUUUAAUUGGAGAUUUGUGCAUUGAAUCGAAGGAUGUGGUGUAGAGUUUUAAAAAUACAAAAAAAGGAAAUGCAUAACAAAAUAAUUGCAACAAAAUCAUGCGCCUGCGUGUGCUACCAUGAAAAUCAAAAUAAAGUUAUUAAACUACUGCAAGUGCUUCUACUGCUGUUGCGAGGGGUAGUGUGCAUUUUUAGUCGUUAGAUAAGACCGCGACUUAACUUUUUUUUGUUGUAGGCCCUGAUUUCGAACAAAUUCAAUGUCAACUUCAACCAUCAUCACAUUUUUGUUGAAUAACUCCAGAGAAUUUUAAAUUCAAUUAUCCUUGGCAAACAUAAGUACUCAUGUUCCGAAAGAACUUGAAUAUCAAUCUCGUUCCCAAUUCUCGGAGGAGAGAGGAACAUCCCUACAGCCCGACUUAGCCAUUAUGUUUUUGGUCAUUGGUUAUGGUAAGUUAUAUAGAUUACCAGUCUCAAGUUUGGGUUUAAAACCGGUCGAUUCCACCAUGGUAUCCCUUAUAAGCGAGAAUACCUCUUGCGAAAAAUUUAGUGAGCCUACUAUUCGAAGAUUGCGAUGAUUGUUAAAAUGAAUUACAUAAAUGAAUCCAGGUUUCUUUUCGGCUGUUCUGAUUUCCGUUCGAAUUCUAUUUUUUCCCGUUUUCAAAUUUUAGUUGCUCCGAAUUCCGUAUUCGAACACGUUUUGCGAAUUCAUAGGUGUUUCGAAAAACGAACGGACCUAUAAUCCCAAAAUUUUUUGCCGUUUUCAAUUCGGGUAACAAUUUGCCACCGGAAAACAAUAUUCUCCAGAAAAAAAGUCGAAUGGAAAUCCAUACGGAUUCGACUUCC